AUGCGUGUCAAAAUACAAACCAUCAAGAGAUUAGUGUAUGGAGGUUUGGGAUUAGGAGGAGUUUAUUAUACAGCAGUAUUCCUUGAUAACCGACAGCAUAUAUUAGCUAAAGAAAAGAUCCUAUCAAAACCCCUACCAGCUUAUCUACCUCCCAGGGAUGAACUCCACAAAGCUCUACAAACAGAAGAGUUUGAUGUUUUAGUAAUAGGAGGCGGAGCAACAGGGUGUGGGGUGGCUCUUGAUGCAGUAAGUCGAGUAAUAGGAUGUGUAGCAACAGAGUGUGGGGUGGCACUUGAUGCAGUAAGUCGAGUAAUAGGAUGUGUAGCAACAGAGUGUGGGGUGGCACUUGAUGCAGUAAGUCGAGUAAUAGGAUGUGUAGCAACAGAGUGUGGGGUGGCACUUGAUGCAGUAAGUCGAGGUUUGAAGACAGGUUUAGUAGAGAAGUUUGACUAUUCUAGUGGAACUAGUAGUAGAAGUACCAAACUGAUCCAUGGAGGUGUUCGUUAUUUACAAAAAGCUGUGUUUGGUCUGGAUUAUGAACAGUAUCGAAUGGUGAAAGAAGCAUUGAAAGAAAGAGCUAACUUGAUCCAGAUAGCUCCUCAUUUAGCUUACCCUUUCCCUAUCAUGUUACCAGUUUACAAGUGGUGGCAAGUGCCAUAUUACUGGGCUGGAAUCAAAAUGUAUGAUCUGGUGGCUGGAAGAGAGAAUCUCAAAUCUAGUUAUUAUUUAUCGAAAUCUAAGGCACUGGAGUUAUUUCCCAUGUUAAAAACUGAGAAGCUGGUUGGAGCCCUUGUUUAUUAUGAUGGUCAGCAUGAUGAUGCUAGAAUGUGUUUAGCACUAGCUCUGACAGCUGUUAAAAUGGGAGGAAAACUCACUAACCAUACAGAAUGUAUUGAAAUACUGAAGCAAGAUGAUGGCACCGGCAUUCCGAAAGUUUGUGGGGCAAAAGUUCGAGAUAUACAAACAGGCAAAGUGUUUGAUAUAAAGGCUAAGUGUGUGAUUAAUGCUACAGGACCUUACACUGACUCUAUCAGACAAAUGGGAGAUCCAGAUGUGAAGUAUAUUUGUCAGCCCAGUUCAGGGGUUCAUAUAGUCUUACCUGACUAUUAUAGCCCAGAGAGUAUGGGUUUAUUAGAUCCCUCAACAAGUGAUGGCCGCAUUAUUUUCUUUUUGCCCUGGCAGAAGGUUACUAUAGCAGGAACCACUGAUAACCCGUGUGCUGUGACAGACUUCCCCCAACCUACAGAGAAGGAGAUACAGUUUAUUUUGAAUGAAGUGAGAAAUUAUCUGCAUCCAGAUGUCGAAGUUCGUCGAGGAGAUGUACUAUCAGCGUGGAGUGGUAUGAGACCUCUAGUAGCCGACCCUAAUAAAUCAGAUACUCAGUCUAUAGCCAGAAAUCAUAUUAUAGAGGUCUUCAAAGAUAACCUCAUAACUAUAGCAGGUGGAAAAUGGACAACUUAUCGACAUAUGGCUGAGGAAACUAUAGAUAAAGCUGUAGAAGUGUGUAAUUUACAGCCGAAGUCUAACUGUCAAACUGCUGGUCUGUUAUUAGAUGGUGCCCAUGGCUGGUCCCCCACCAUGUUCAUUAGGCUAGUCCAAGAUUUUGGACUGGAAAAUGAGGUCGCUCAACAUUUAGCCAACACAUAUGGAGAUAAAGCUUUCAAGGUCGCAAAGUUAGCCAAUCUGACUGGCCAAAGAUGGCCUGUUGUGGGGAAAAGAUUACAUCAAGAAUUUCCUUAUAUUGAAGCUGAGGUACGCUAUGCCUGUAGAGAGUAUGCAACCUCUGCUAUAGAUGUUAUUGGUAGAAGAACUAGACUUGCCUUCUGUAACGUACAGGCUGCAGAGGAAUCUCUACCAAGAAUUAUAGAGAUGAUGUCAGAGGAACUAGGUUGGAAUAAAGCCAGACAACAGGAAGAAAUGGAGAAAGUGAAGAGAUUUUUACGUCGAGAAAUGGGACUAGAUAUUAAACGAGCCAGCGAAAGUCAAGUACCCAUCAAUUUCAGCAAGGAUGAGAUCAACAUGUAUGUCAAACGAUUCAAUUCCUUAGACAGUGACAAUAAGGGAUAUAUUACCAUUAAUGAUCUUCGCAGAUACUUCAAGAAAAUUGGUGAAAAGGUAACAGAGGAUCAGUUGCAUGAGAUUUUAAAUGAAGUAGAUUUGAAUAGAAAUGCUCAAGUUGAAAUGGGAGAAUUUUUACAGUUGAUGAGUGCAUUAAAAUCAGGUGUAUUAACCAAUAAUCGAUUAGCUAAGGCCUCAGAAUUACCUGAUGAAGAUAGAAUACCUGUAGAAAGAAGUGGCGGCGGAGUCUAAGACAUUGGGGAGCAGUCUAAGAAAUGGAGAGGAGUCUAAGAAAUCUGGAGGAGUCUAAAAUGACUGACAAUGCAUCUGCCCACUGAUGUUGUUGAAUCACAUUUGACAGUUUUGUUUGAAAGAAUUGAAAUAUCAGCAUCAUUUUUUUGAGAUUUCCUUUUUUUGAGAAUAAAUUUGUUAUGGACUCAAACU